CACACACGUAAAAAUCAAUACUCGCCGCCAUAUUUUUUCACUCCGAGUCGGACGCGUUUUUAUGAUAAGUUAAGCAGCGAAAAUAGUAUACACACGAUUAUAAGUGGCUAAAUAGUGAUUAUAAAGUGGUACAUGAUCGAAUAAAAACGUUUCUGCACUGCAUGCAUGCUAUAAAAGCGCCUUUAGAAUCCAAGUCGGCAAACGUGUGUGCGCGUCCGAGUAAUUGUGUAUGUGUGUGUGUCUCAGUGUUGCGAUUGUGUAAAAUUAUUAUUGAAAAGAGCAAGAGCGUUGUUGGUUGCUAAAACAUGGAAGGAGCUGCACAAGUAUCUGCCCCACCGGGCGGUGGUCCACGUGGCGGUGGCUACAGAGGUCGUGGCGGUGGCCCUCCAAUGCGCGGUGGCUUCGAGCGUGGACGUGGACGCGGAAUGGGUCGCGGUCACUUCAUGGGUGGCAUGCGCGGUGGGGGAAUGGGCGGCGGUGGUCCGCCGAUGCAGGGCAUGAUGUCGGGCCCCUCCCGCGGCAUGCGUCCCCGUGGUGGACUGGGAUAUCAAGGUCGAGGUGGGAGCGGCGGCUUUCAGCCACGCGGUGCUCCCAUGGGUAUGCGGGGCGGUCGUCCGCCUAUGUACCAGCAGCCUCCCAAACAGCACACUGGCGCCGAUAACAACAAGACGGUAUCACCAGUACCCACAGCUUCCGCAGUAGCUGGAGAUCAGCAGUCCGGCGAUGCUGCCGGUGAAGAUGGCACGGACGCAGCAGCUGGAGCAACCAGCUCGACAACUGCAGCAGUCAACUCACAUGUGGUAAGCAGUGCACCUGGCAGCAACAGCAACAACAACGGAGGACCGCCGCCCUACAUAAGUCGGGGUCGAGGACGUGGCGGACCGUUUGGUGGUCGCGGACGCGGCGGCGGUUACAACUCACACAUGAACGGCAAUGGCGGAAGCGGGAUGUACCAGCACUCGCACCACACCAGCUCGAUGGGCGGACCAGGAAGCGAGCACGGCGGAAUGCCGCGACGUGGCUCCCUGCGCGGGCGAGGCGGUGGUUACAAUCAAGGUAUGAGUCGGCCACCUAUGCAACAUCACCAACAGGCACAUAAUGUCAAUACACAAAUUGCACCGGUACCAGCUCUCAAACGUGGCGCACCCGGAGGUCCAGGCCCCAAGCGUGGACGUUACGAGGGGGGACCCUAUGGCCAGCGACCCAUGACGCCAAAGUAUCACUCGGCCUCCCAGCAUAUGCCCCAAUCCUCAUAUGGAUCGCAAACAAGCCAUCAUGCUCCAGCACCAAGCCAUCAUGGUGGCUAUCAGACGCAUGACCAGACGCAGCAUUUCGAUCCGUACUCCCAGAGCGGAUACAGUGCACAGCCGACCGCUCAGCAGGGCUACAACGGAUAUGGUCAGAGCAGCGGCUAUGCAGCACACACAACACAAGCGACCACACCAGCCAGCAGCAGUUAUGCGUCGCAUCAUGGCACUGAAUAUGAUCAGAGCCAAUAUCAAGGCUACAACUCAACGGGAUAUGCCCAGCAAGAUACGCGCUAUCAGUACGGCCAAGACUAUAGCCAACAGUAUGGAACGGCAGCAGUUGAUUACAAUGCAACUGGUCAAACGGAUUACAGUCAACAGAGCGCUGCUUACGAUGAACGCGCUUAUGCCGGUUAUGAUUCGCAGGCGUAUUCUCAGAACUACUCGAACGCAGCAGCCUAUUACUAGACAACUAAACAACCUGCCGCAUCCCUCAAAUGGCGAUACACACAUUAAUGAAGAAAGAACGCUGUGCGUGCUGCAACACGUAUGCCAAAUACCAAAA